AUGGCGAACACGAGUCUGGACAUCUGGGUGGCCAACCCCAAGGCCGGCGCCUUCGCAGCCGUAACAGUCGACUUCCUAGUCUACCCAAUGGAUACGCUGAAAACACGCAUCCAGUCCCCAAACUACAAUCACCUAUACAAAGACGCCAAAACAGGAGCCAUCAAACGCAACAUCCUCUUUCGGGGAUUAUACCAGGGUGUCUGGAGCGUCGUACUAGCAACUGUUCCUUCUUCAGGAGCAUUCUUCACAACCUACGAAACAGCAAAACACAUCCUAAUCCUCUCCUCCACACACUCCCAACCCAUAUCCACAUCCACACCCUCCAAAAACCCGCUCCCCAUAACCCAUCCCCUUCCACUCCCCCUAAUCCACACAAUCGCCUCCUCCCUAGGCGAAAUGGUCUCCUGCGCAGUCCUCACGCCAGCAGAAGUCCUCAAACAAAACGCCCAAAUGCUCGAUAUCAAUAAGUCCGUCUCCAGCCCUCUAAGAAAAGGCGCAACGAUCCAAGUCCUCGCCAAGUUCAGACAUCGGCCGUGGAAGCUCUGGAGCGGGUACACGGCACUCGUAGGGCGGAAUUUACCGUUUACAGGGCUGCAUUUCCCGAUAUUUGAGGGGGUGAGGGGGUGGCUUAUUUCUGUUCGGGAGAGGGGGAAGGAUUCGGUGGGGAAGAGGGCGGUUUUGACGGGUGUUGCGGCUGGGGUGUCAGGGACUGUUGCUUCGGUUGUGACGACACCGAUUGAUGUUGUGAAGACGAGGGUUAUGUUGGGGGCUUCGGGGGAGGGGGCAGCGAGGAAGGUGAAGGGGACGGUGGCGGUUGGGAAGGAGGUUUUGCGAGAGGAGGGGGUUAAGGGAUUGUUUCGGGGGGGUGCGUUAAGAUCUCUUUGGUCCGCUGUUGGGAUGAGUAUUUAUUUGGGGAUGUAUGAGGGGGGACGGAUGUAUUUAGAGAAGAGGCGGAGGGUGAAGGGAGAGGAUGAGGGGAGGUUAUAG